UGUGAGUCUGCACAUGAAUGUCUCUGCACACUACCUCUGUGAACGUGUAUGUGUCCUGUGCACACAUGUAAAUGUGCCUGCACACCUGAGUUUCUCCCAUGUACACAUUUCUCUGUGUGCUUCUGCUAGCUUACGGAUGCACAUGGAUGUGCUGUGUGCGUCUACACAAGCCCCGUGUGCGUGUGAACGUGUCUGUGUGCGUCCCCGUGCCCUGGCUGGGUGCUGUCUCAUGUCCCUUGCGUGCCCCCGGCCUGUGCGUCGUGCAGGCCCAGGGAAAGGCACAGGUGAGACGUGGCUGUUCUUUGUACAUCUCUGAGCACAUCGGUGAAUGUGUGUGUGGCGGUGGGUGUGGAAGGUAUCUGUGUCACCGAGGUGUGUGCAUGUGUGCACACGUGUGGGCCCGCGUGUGCAGGCUCUGCCAUGCUCGCCCUGCCCUCCCCUCGCCAGGCCUGAGUCCCCUCCCUCUCCCAGGGCUGCUGUCACAGAGCCUGGAGUUCAGCUCCCCCGCCGACAACUACACCGUGUGCGAAGGUGACAACGCCACCCUCAGCUGCUUCAUCGACGAGCACGUGACCCGCGUGGCCUGGCUGAACCGCUCCAACAUCCUGUACGCUGGCAACGACCGCUGGACCAGCGACGCCCGCGUGCGGCUGCUCAUCAACACGCCCGAGGAGUUCUCCAUCCUCAUCACGCAGGUGGGGCUGGGCGACGAGGGCCUCUACACCUGCUCCUUCCAGACCCGCCACCAGCCCUACACCACUCAGGUCUACCUCAUCGUCCACGUCCCUGCCCGCAUUGUGAACAUCUCGUCGCCUGUGACAGUGAAUGAGGGAGGCAGUGUGAACCUGCUUUGUCUGGCCGUGGGGCGGCCAGAGCCGACGGUCACCUGGAGGCAGCUCCGAGACGGCUUCACCUCGGAGGGCGAGAUCCUUGAGAUUUCCGACAUCCAGCGGGGCCAGGCG